UCUCCAAGAAGCUUGGAGACUUUUUUGUCGUGUCGCGGCGUCAAAACACGGGCAGAUCGCGUGAAAUUAACUUUGUAGCCACUGUCGCAUUCAAUCAAAGGGCUUUAUUUUCGCCCUUAGUAUGUCAUUGAUCCGUUCAGCAAGCGGCCCAGCAGGUGGUUUAAGCAUCAACACUGGUGCUGCUAACGCCUUGUAAGCUCCACACUCUAACAAAACAAUCAUUCACCAUCAUAUCCACACAACCCAACCUCACUCAGCCCGUUACCUUCAUCUCGCCUGCAACCUCGUCGACCUCUUCUUGCUAACCGGCGCACUCCAUUCUACAGCGGAACUGCCGCUUCUAAGCCCUCUGCUGCUGGUAGUCUCUUCGGUUCUUCUACCACCUCUACGCCCACCGCCAACACAACAACAGCGCCAGGCGCAACAGGCACCAUGUCUCUCUUUGGCAACGCUGCGCAAAAGCCUGCAACAGGCAAUCUGUUUGGACAGUCGACGACAGCGACAGCAACUACGCCCGCAGCUGGCGGUGGUCUCUUUGGCGCUGCCGGCGCAACAAACACUCAACAGACGCAGGGCACAGGUACUGGGCUCUUUGGCAACACUGCCACCAACAACACCCAACAACAAGGUCAGCAGCAGACUGGAACUGGUCUGUUUGGUCAGAAGCCACAAAUCUCAGGAGCUCACUGGGUAAAUUUAGGAAACACUGCGCAACCUACAACAACCGGCACCAGCCUCUUCGGGCAAUCUACCCAAAAUCAAACUCAGCAGCCUCAACAAACAGGCACAGGUCUGUUCGGCCAAUCUACAGCAACAAAUACACAGAGCAACACAGGAGGGCUUUUCGGUCAAUCUCAAGCAAAGCCCGCUACAGGUACUACUCUGUUUGGUCAAACACAGCCUCAGCAGAACAACACCCUAGGUCAAUCCACAAACCAAGUCUCGGCCGUUCAAAUCAACUACGACAGCAUCCGCCCACGUACCCGCUUCGAUGACCUCGCUAAGCCCGUACAAGAUGAAAUUGCGUUGCUGGACCUGGGCAUCCAACGAGUUAUCAAGAUGCGAGACGAGAUUGGCGAGUUCAUGCCCCAGCACGAGAAGGAUAUUGAGCAACUGGGCUUAGACGUAAAGUUUGUCGAGUCAAAGUUCCGAACGGUUCAAGUUGCCCUCAACAACGAUAUCCAGACCGUCAAAGCUCUCCAGGAUCAAACCCGAAAGAACGCCGCUGAUGCCCGACUAUGCUUCCGAGGCGCCGACAACCUUAAACUCCCGACACACUAUCACCAAACAGGUCUUUUCGCCAGUCAGGCUCCAGCUGCUGAUUCCGGGGGCGCAGAUGCUGCGUCGACACAUGCAGACGCCCAAGAUCUGAUCACCUACUUCAACCGUAUUUGUGACGAUAUUGAAAAGUACAAGGCUCGCCUCGAUGAGUACCGCGGUGAUAUUGAGCGAGAUAUGCCUGGUGUUGAGAAUGGCCUUUAUGAGCAAAUUCGAGCACUACGCGACCGUAGCGCAGGCAGCGUAGUCGUCCAGGAUCAACUGAACGAGGUUUUAUUGGCGCUCAGGGAUACGGGAAGCGCGAUUGUUGCCCAGGCUGGACAGAUUGCCGACACUCGAGAAAGGCUAUCGCGCCUCCAGGCCGGGAUUGUGGACAGUGGAGUUUACGCUAUGGGCAUGAAUGCGUAGAAGACGACGGCAUAAACGAUAAGGAGAGGGACGCGCUGCGGUAAUAUCAAUCUGUUGGACAUUGCAAGAGUCCAUUUCAUGUUUGAAGACAAAGGGCCAAAGAAGCAUUAUUUGGGCGACGCGUAGGAUACGGUGUUGUCAACUGUAGCAGGAGAUUUAGUGAGGAUACAACCUUACGACAUGUAUGAAUAUUACUUGACAAAAGAAAAAGCUGCUAACACUGUUGAGAAUCGGGGAGGGGGGUUAAAGAACAUCUGACAAUACCCAAAAAUCUCAUGGUUUGAGCUUCACUGGGAUACAAGACCAACAUCGCGAGGUUGAUCCAAAUCUGUCAAGUUCAUUAUCUGCCACGACCACGAAGAUGGCGGGCUUGGGUAUCAAACCAAUGGUGUGCCGUGAUAUAUAUAUAUAUAUAUACAAAUGAUCGCUGCGCCUUCUCCAAAAUACUCUUUUUUGUUAUCCUUAUGAAAACACUCAGUGACCAACUAGUAAGUCCCUUCUCCAUCGCCGCCAUCAUCGCCAUAGUCGUCAAACUCGUCACCACCGUCAAAGUAAUUCUCAGCGUCAUAAUCACCCGCGUCUUCGUCGUCGUAAACUUCAUCCUGCUCUUCCUCUUCCAUGCCUUCUUCGUCCUCAAGAUCGCCUGCUUCGUCGCCCUCUUCUUCCUUGAGCGCCUGUAACCGUUCAAGGAGAUUGCGGCCCUGCAUCUCAUCUUCACCAUCGCCUCCCAUGCCAAAAGCUUCCUCUGCACUAGGAAGUGCGCUAACGCUGCUGAGCUCCAACUUCCGGCGCUUGAAACCGCCUGGAAGGCCACCGUCGUUGGCAGAUGCAGCGUCGAUGGUUUCGUAGAGUUCCAUGGGGAAGAGCUCGCGACAUACUGGGCGGUUGGACCAAUCUGG